UACCGGUAGUGUUCGUUGGAAAUAGCGUAGGCGCGCAACUGUUGAUAUUUGUGAAUAGCGUGAAACAUUUUUUUUUUUUUUUUUUUGCCCGUGUGUCGUCUUAAUAAAUAUUGUUUUUGCCGUCACACCGCAGACAAAAGCUUCCUCCGACGUCCGCCGCGAAACGAGAGCAAAGAACAGAAAGGAAAAACAUUGUACAGAGGCGGAAAAAAAUACACCACCAUUCCGAGUGCCAUUGUACGCGAUAUCUCGAAGAGCGAAUAUUGGGGGAAAAACAACGCACGUAUAGUCUGUCCGUGUCUAUCCGAUCGUGCGAAAAAUGUCAUUCUUUCAGGAGGAAAACGACGAGUAAGUCUGCACACAUUUGACGAUUUUUAAUACGAUAACUAAGGUUAAUAUUAUAUAUUUUAUACGAGUAGAUGUACCUUUAGUUUUUAUUUUGAAUAAAAGUCGCGAACGCAUAACGAUAUUAUUAUUCUUACGAGCAGGUAUCGUUUUCAUUCUAAUGCGGCGUCUGCAACAACGGCUCUUGUUUCUAACCGACGAACACACAGAAAACUGUAUUAUACACUGUAUUAUUGUGUCCCGACAUUGUUAUGCACGACAACAAUAUGAUAUAGGGUGAUGUUUUUUUUUUUUAAAUGUGUUCGUAUACAUUUACAAUAAACUCGCAGCGAUGAUCUAUAUAGUAUCUAUAUAGCCAUAUAGGAAGGCACGAAGAACACGAGUAAAUUUGAUUUUUUUCAGACGGGUAUAGGUAAGUACAUAUUAUAUAAAAAAAAAAAAAUUAUUCUUCGAUCUGAAUCUCUUAAUCUGAGUAUACGUACCUAUAUAAGUGGGUACUUAUAUGAAGUGGGUUGGUAUUUCGUCAAAAAUCAAUAGUUAUGUAUCGAUGUUACAUAAAUAUUAUUUUAUAUUAAAUAGUAGAUAAUUAUUAUAAUAUGUGCAAUGAUUAAUGAGGGAACCGUUUUGUAAGUAAUGCAGUUAAUAAGAUAAUUUUAAACGAUCUAUUAUUGUAAUGACUUGAAAAAACCAAAAUUUGCAUUUUAUACUCGAAAUCUACGUGUGUAGAUAUAUAAUCGGUGGUCCUUGGUUAAUGUAUCACCCUGUAUAUAAUGUCCAACACCCCACUGCAUAAAAGCGCCGAUCAUCCGGUCAUUGACACGCGCGUGCCUCCCAUCGUAUGCACCGAGCUCGAUUUUCGCCCGUUUUGUGUUCGUUGGUCUCCGAUUUUUCGUUGAGAAUAUUUUUACUAAUCCACCACCCGAAUAACGAAAGAAGACGGAUAUAUUUCGCUCGAUAGGGUGGGCGACUGUAGUAGGUAAGAAUUUGGGAAGGUAGGAUAUAGAGGAGAAUUUAAAGUAUUUUUUACGCAACAAUUAAUCAUAUUACCAACGAAAAACGAUUCUGAGUCGAGUUCGGUUAUACGUGUUCUUAAACGUCGUAAUUUUUACGAUUUUCGUCAGAAUUUGCUUUAAAUAUUUGUAUAAAAAAAAUUGUACAUUAGGUUACACUCAACUUUUUGUGACCGCAAAGUACGACACAAAAUAAAAUCUACUGUUAAAUUUUCAAGAAAAAGAAACACUAAAAUUUGGGUAUCUGCCAUAGGAGAAAAAACACUAGGGAAAGGUCAGACAACUUUUUCAAUUUCGUGUUUUUACAUAUUAUGUUAUUACAAUUAAUAUUCACUGUGAAAAACCUCAGAGAGAUCUGAAAUCUCAAAGUAAAAAUACUUUGUGUAUAUAUUCGUAACAAGUACAGUGCACGACAAAAAGGUAAGGUACAUUUUAUCAAAUAUAAUUGUAUACAUAUGGUAUGGAACUAAUUAUUAUUAAAACAAAUAUAAUUUAUAGAUUCUAUAUGCUGGCAAACUUCAGGUUAUACCGAAAUGAUUUCAAUUUUAUCUUAUUUUCUUGAUUAUAAACUUAUAAAUAAAAAUUUAUUGAUGAAUUUAUUAGGUUUUGUUGUGACAUAAUCAUAAAGGUAGCCAGUUUCGUUGGGUAUUUAGGGAUUGUAUGAUCAAGUUAACUUAUGUAAUACUUCUACUAUACUUUAUACAACCUAAAAUUAUAUACUGUAUUAACAUAAUUUGCAUAGCAUUGUUAUUAAUUAUUAAAUAAUUUACCAUGGGAAGAGCAAAGCCAUUAUCAAAUGAAGAACGAGGAAAAAUUACGGCAUUUAAGGAAUGCGGUCUUUCAAAUCGUGAAAUAGCGCGUAGACUAGAGGAGUUCAACGGUUAUAUAUAAUUUUGUAAAACUUGGCCAAAAUUACAAUUCCAAGAAGUCUACAUGUCGACCGCGCAAUUAUUAACUGAUCGUGAAAAAAGAGCAAUUUUAAGAGUUGCAUCGAAUUCUGUUUUGUCUGCACGUGGUAUUCUCAAUCAAUAUGGUGUGAAAAUUGGUAUUCGUAAUAUACAAAGACAAUUAAAAUGCACGCCAACACUCAUUCGAAAAAAAACUAUUUCUAAAACCACCAUUAAACGGACGUAAUAAAAAUGCUAGAUUGAACUUUUAAAGAAACAAAAUUAAUUGGUCAAAAAAAUGGAGCAAAGUAAUUUUUUCAGGUGAAUAAAAAUUUAAUUUGGAUGGACCUGAUGGAUUUUCGUAUUACUACGAUUUAAGAAUAGAUGAACGUAUAAUGUCACGACGUCAAAUGGGAGGAGGAUCUGUAAUGAUUUGGUGUGCAAUUAGUUAUAAAGAAAGAAGUGAAGUUGUUUUUUAGAUGGUAGAAUAAAUGUUUUGAAGUAUAGAGAUCUCCUUAACACCCAAAAGUCAUGUUUUCGGUAAAUAGCAGGAAGAAAUUUUAUAUUUCAUCAGUAUAAUGCGCCAAUCCAUACUGCUCGAAUCAUAAAAUUAUGGUUUGAAACAAAUUUUUUAUCAAUACUAGAUUGGCCUGCACGAUUUCCUGAUCUAAAUAUUAUUGAAAAUGUUUGGGGACUACACGCCAAAGAAAUUAGAAGUUUAUAAAGAUGCUAAACAAUAUUUUUCAGUUGGUGGGUUGAAACAAUCUAUUGUAGAUGCUUGGGCACUAAUUUCCCAAGAUGUUAUAAAAAAGCUUUAUGACACAAUUCCGAAUUUUUGUCACUAUUCGUGAUAAUGGAGGUUUCACUAAAUAUUAAUAUAUUAAAACUAUGUUUAUAAACAUUAAUACAUAUAAUAUAUGUUGUAAUAUCGAAUAGUUUGUUUAUAUAUUUGUUGGUAUAUAUUUACCUUUAUAAUUUUGUCGCGAAAAUUGUCUAUUAAAAUUAUUUUAUUAUUAUUAUUAUUAUUAUUAUAGUUUUAGAAAAUUAUAAAAUGUAUAAUAAAAUUAAAAUAAUAUAUGAGAUAAAGUAUUCAUUUAAAUGUAUGCAUAAUUUGUAUAGAAUUGUGUGGUAUAUAGUAUAUUAUAAAUAAAUAUAUUCAGGUGCCUUUAUCUUUUUGUCGUGCACUGUAACAAUGAAGAACAUAACCCGUUCACCAUUGGCGUGUUGAAUUACACAUUUAUUAUUGUCGAGUUGAUUAUUAUUUUACGGUAGACUUAAAUAAUCCUUUUGACUUUUGGCAAUAUUGUUUUAAUUAACUUUGUGCUCAUUAUAUUCUUGAAAUUUCUACGUAUCUCCGCGGCGGCGGUCCCCUUCUUUAUAGUCAGUAAAUAAUACACUUAUUAUAAAAGAAACUUAUUCGUACUUUUUUGGCAAAUGAAAAGUUGUAUCACAAUAUUUUUGUAACUUAAGACUAUAAUAUAUAUGUACAGGAAUUGUUAUACAUCAGUCACUUACUCGAACAAUAAUUAUAGUAGGAGUACAAUUUAAAUGAUGGUAGGUAAUAGAUAUACAAUACGCGAAUAUUUUUAAAAUUUUUAUUUUUAUAUAUAUAUAUCCCAUUGAAAAAAUCCCGAUAAUCUUGACAGCAACGGCAGCACAAUAAAAAUAAUCUCGAAAAUAAAAAGUCAAGAUGUUAAGAUAAAUAUGCAUAAUAUGUAUAAUAUAUAGAUUAUUGGUAAUACUAUAUAAUAAUUUAGCAGAAAUUAUUGCAAAUUUAACAGGAGGUUCAUUAUUAGUAGUACUUAGUAGUUAAUGAGAAACAGUUGAAAUUAGGAGAGUAUUUUUUUUUAUACGAAUUUUAAUAUCAAAUUUUAACGAAAAUCGUAAAUAUAAGACCUUUUAAAACAUAUUUAACCGAACUCCACUCAGAAUUGUUUUUCGUUAGCAAUGAUUAAUCGUUGUGUUCAUUAAAUUUCCCUUCUACCUUCCCAACUCCUCACAUACAACAGUGGCACACCUAUCGUGCAAAGUAUGUCUGGUUUUUUAAAUAUAUUUGUUUGAAAAAAUUUGUUUAAACAAUAAAAAUUAAAAACAAGCUAAUAUUACUCAAUUUUUUUUAAAUUUUGACACAUUAUUAAAUUCUAUAUGCAACAAUUUUUUCAUUUUUUAUUGUACAUAGUCAAUGUCACUUUAAUAUUGCACGUGUCAUAAACACAUUUUUUAAUACUCUUACAUAUUAUUAUGUACCUAUUUGGUUUCUUUUUAAAUGUGUAUAAAUUCAAUAUAGCGGUCAUUUGGAAGAAUUGCACUUCUGUUAACGGUCACCUCCACAAGAUAAAUAACUACCUAUAACUAUUUUUAAAAAACGAUCAUUAUUUCCGGUCCGUUCGAUGACCAUUAUGAAGAAGUUUUACUGCAUAUAUAAUUCGGUGGCGAGUCAAUGUAUAUAUUUACGUAGGAACUUCUAAAAAUUUGUAUAAAUAUUUUUCGUAAAGGAAUACUCCACCCAGGCAUGUAUUCAGGAUCAAUUUUCGGGGGGUGGAGGGUUAAAAUAUUUUAAUACAUGAAGGGUACAGAAAAAAAACCAAAAAAGUCAAUUUUUUUCAAACUGAGAAAAACGUGUUCUUAUUUAAAAAUGUAACAUUUUUUUUUACGAAGUAAUAAGUUUGAAUUAAGUUUAAUGUUAACUUUAAAUUGCAGUACCCACAACAUAAUAAUACCAUAUUAUAUUAUUAACCAAAGCUAUAGCCGUGUAUUAACCCAACACUUACCUGGUUAUAAAUUAACUGUCUGUUUUUUUUUCCUGUAGGCCUAAACUUCUGGCAUUACUUUCGACUUAUCUGGAUUUGUCGCCGUUUCGAUCGUAUAAAAAAUACGGCACAUCAAUACAAAUUAUUUGAUACCGAUAUCGCCAUUUUGAAAAAAAAAUGACUUUUCUGGUUUUUUCUCAGUACCCUUCACAUGAACUUGUAGUUAGUCUUUAUUAUAUUAUAAAUAUAUACCUACUUUAAAAUUUUGGGGGUGGGGGUUUAACCCAUCCAUGUAUAUGGACUUAACUCCGAUCCUAGAACGUUGUAUAUUUCAAUGGUACAAAACGAAUGAAUAUACACGUGAUUAUCAAUAAACCCGUAAAGGUAUUUUUUUCCACUAAUACGUUUAAUAUAAUGACAUCACACUUACACAUAAAUGCCAAACCAUCAUUAUAGUCUUCAAAACGUCACUGCAGCGCAGUCCAUGAAUGAAUGCAAUUUGUUAGGAUAUUGUUUAUAUUUUUCAAUAUGACAUAUACAAUAAUAUAUUAUUUUCUCAAAACGAUUUACCAUUUUGCUAUAAUACGUACAUGAAGCCACUAAGUGUAUUUUUAUAUUUGUGAGUCAAUUUGUAAAUUUCAAAAAUAAUACGAAUACAAAAAGAGUUUAUACUGCUAAUAGGUGUGUCACUGUUAUAGGUGAAAAGUUGGGAAGGUAGAAUAAUUAAAUUUAUUUAACUUAUAUCUAUACGCACUACACAACAAUAAAUCAUUGUUGACGAAAUAAAAUUCAGAGGGAAAUUCUGUUAAACAUAUAUAGAGAAAAGCUGUAAUUUUUACAAUUUUGGUAAAUAUUUGAACUUUAAAACGCUUAUAAAAAAAAAUACUACACUAGCAUUUUUUUUCGACAAUUCAGUAUAAAUUAUAACAAAACUCGUGUUGAACUUUCAAGCAUUUCUUUUUAGCCGAACGAUUUUAUCCACAUAUAAAACUAAAUAUCAAAUGUCAAAAAAAAAGAUUCUUUGAAAAUUUUAGGUCAAAACGAUUAUUUUUAACUAUAUUGUAAUAAAAAAACAAAAUCGAAAACAAUCGUUUAUGAAAUCAUUAAUGUCAAGCUCCUUGUUGCGCUAAGACUCUAAUAAAAUAAAAUAAUACGAUAAUUGCUCACAAGCUCAGUUAAAUUUUUACUUAAGGAGCCCGGUGUUAAGCCUUUUCAUGGCUCAAGAACAUGCCUUUCGGGAAAACUUUCAUCCAUGAAGAAUGGUCGAUUUUUGAUGAUUAUUUUUGUAUUGAAAGAAGGUCUCAUUGAAUAUGUUUUUCAAUAUUUUCAUUUUAAACUUUAUAAUAUACUUGUUUAAAAAGGUCAAUUUUAAAUUUUAUUUACCAAAUUUUUAAUACCAUUAUUUUAAAUCAAAUAAUAAAUCGGAGUUCAAUGUGGUCUGAUAAAUGCUGUUGUCCAUAGAUUAACAAAAAAUCAAAAAAUGGUAGGAAAUAAUUAUAUUAUGCUGACAAUGAAUUAUCCCUAUUAUCGCAAUUAUUUUCGUCUAUAAAAACGACCGUGCGCCUUUCCCCUAAAUGGGUUUCAGGCAGUAGAUUAGUGCCUAGUAGAAAAGUCUUUAGUUGAUCGUCAUUAAAAUUUCAAAAUUUUACAAAAUGGGAGAAAAUUUAAAAAAUCGGCACUAGGUUCUCUUAACCGUUAAUGAGGUACCUGUAAACAAAUACGAUUUUGUAUAGAAUUUCUUAUAGUAAAAUAACAUUUGAUUAAUCAAAUAAAAUAUGGAUUUUAAUAAUUUUUGAAAAAGGGUUUAGUAUUAAUUAAUCAAUUUAUUGAUUAAUUUAUUGGUAUAUGCUUUAAUAUAACAAAUUGAAAACGUUUAAUUUAUACUUUUAUUAUACUUGUAGUUAACCUAUGUUACGAAUAAAGUAUGUACGGGUUAUAUGAGAAUCCAAUAAUAACAUAUUAUUAUUGUUAUUAUUAUUUACGACCAUAAUAUUAUUUCAGUUUUAUUAAAGUUUAUCUCUGUUCAAUUUGUAUAAGUAGGUAAACAUUUCGAAUUUUAAAAAUUCGAAUUAUACUACCAAUACUUUAAAUUUAUACUAAAUCUACAUCACCGACUCAAAUAAUAUUAUCAUCAAUUAUUGAUAAUUAAUUAAUACAUAUGUCGAUAAAAUUUGUAUUAACUAGGUUUAUUAACAUUUACCUGAUUAGUAAGUAUGUUUAUUUAUUUAUUAAAAUAUGGCUAAUGGUGUUGGAUCGGUUAAAGUUAAGAUUAAGUUAAACAUAAUAUACGAAUUCUACGCAUAAAUAUAACAAUAGCAGAAAGAUAACUAUUAUAAAUUGAUAUUAUAUUUUGGUGAGAUUCAAAUAUUUGUUUUUAAAGUACCUUUUAUAAUAAAUAUAGAUACGAGAAGAAGCUUACGUUUUAGUUUGUAUAAUAUUAAGACGGUUUAUUUAUUUAUUUUUUGUUUUGUGUCUAUGAGUAUAUUAUUAAAAAGUAAUCCAAAUGUGUCUAUAAUUUAUGAAAAUUAAAAAUUAAAAAUUUAAGGUAGAUUGUAUUUUUUCGAGGAGGUCAAUCUAAAAAAAAAUCAGUAAUUAAUAUUAUAUUUAUAAAAAAAAUCAAUAGUCGUCAUUAUUCGUGUUUUCAGUAAAUCUGUCAUAAAAUUUCGGUAAAGUAAAAAAGAGCUGAUACUAGGGACGGGUGUAGCCACUGCUGUAGGUGGGAAGUCAGAAAAGUAGGAUACAUAAAGUUAUUAAAUUUAUACCUAUACGCUAUGAUAAACUAUUGCUAACGAACGAUUGGGAGCGAAGUUCGUUUAGGGUUAUAUGUACAUGUUUUAAAAGUCCGUAAGAUUUACGAUUUUCGUCUAGAUUUGUUUUUAAAACUCUAAUAAAAAAAAAAGAAAUUCUACAUUACACUAUUUUUUUUGACCAAUAAGUACAGCUUGUAAUGAAAAUCUUAAAAAAAUGUUCAAGCACAUCUAUCUAGUUUAAACAUUUUAUCCACAGAGUAUCUACCAAAUAAAAAUUAUAUAAAAUCUAGCAAAAUAAAAAUAUCUAUAAAUAGCUCAAAAACAGCUUAAAUGAUUUGAAAAUUUUACCACGUCUAGAUAAAGCAAAUGUAAAUUUUCUGUCAAAAUUUAAAAUCUCUACAAAUAUUUUAACUUGAUUACAACAAAAAAACCAAGUUUAAAUAAUAAAAAAAUUAUUUUUGUUAAUUUUCCGAUUCUUUCCAUGUUUUCUCCGGGUUUUCCCAAUUAUUAUAAAAACUAAUUGAAAUUUUAAAAAAAAUCUACUUUCGUCGUGUGCAUUUAUAUUCAAAUUUCAACAUUAAAGGUCUCUGAGAAUUUUUUGAGUAAAAUAAUAUUUCUGGUAGAAAACAUCGUUUUCAAAAAUUAAAAACAAUGAAAUCGAUAACGCCGCAACGCGGCCUACCGUAAAUAUCUACCGUAUUUCCUAAUAAUUUUCUAUCCGGUUUUUCCCAAUUAUUUUGAAAACCCUGUGAAAAAUCAAAAGUUGACCACUUUAAAUGCACUAACUAGAUAAAAUUUCUUUUCAAAAAAAGUGUUACACUAUACACCGGUACAAGAUAUUUUUUCGAAAAAUUAUUUACAGACAGAAAAUAAUAAAAUGAGCACACAUAUUAGUAAAACCAAUUGAUUCCUCCUUCCGCUCAGAAUCUAAAAAGCUUCCAAGUGUUUACAUCCAGUAGCGUAUUAUUAGUGUAUGUCUCGAUGAAUAUAUAUUAUUGCUAGUCCAUUUAGCCUCGUCUACAUAAUAGUAAAAUUAAAAUUAAAAGUUCUAUACUAUUUAAUUCCAGAAUAAUUGAAAGAUUACUCCAUUAUAUUAUAAAUGUUAAAUUCAAAAAUUCUAAAAACAAACUAGAGUCGACUGUCGAGAGAGCAUGCGUCUGUCAGUACCAAAUCAACAACAAAAAUAAUCAAAAUUAAGUAGUGACAAACUGAUAAACGAAAAUUAUUAAAGCUAAUAACUAGUUUUGUUUAAAUUUCAAACUGGCAAGUGGCCACCAUACGCCAGUGUAUAAAUAAUUUGAUAACAUUUUUUUUUUUCGUGAUUACUUAAAAAAAUAUUAAUAUGGUAAUACCUAAUUAUAUUAGCACAGAAUAUAGAGAUAAGUAUAUUAGAUAUUUAGAUAUUAAUGGGGAAGGGGAAUCCAGACCCCAUUGACUCCUCUCAUAAAUAUUAGUAUAAUAAUACCACCAUACCAGGUGAUCCAUUUUAAGUGGGUGCACUCUCGGAAAGUAUUAACUUUUCCGGAAUUGGUUUUCUAGAACAUUUAAGAAACAAUAGCUACACCACAUUUGUAUAUUUAUGUUAUUUUUUGUCACCUUUAUUUUUGGAGUUAAAACCACUUCUUAUUUUUAUUAUUUAUAUCGGAACCUAUAUUAAAAAGUCCAUAAAUAUAUGGAGUGUUAGUUAAAAUAAAUUUGAUAUGAAUAUACAUAGACUAAUUAAUUAUUUUACUAUAAUAUGGCAUAUUAUGUUGGCGAAGCAUCACUAUCAACUGAACUCCGCUCAGAAUCGUUUUUUCGUAAAUUUAAUGUAUAUCUGUAAUACAUUAAAUUCCGUUUGUAUCCUACCUUCUCAACUUUCCACCUACACCAGUGGCUGUACCCGUCCCCAUUAUCUUACCUCUAUUUUUUUUUACUUUUAUUAUUAUUAUUUUUGACAAACAACAAGAUCGUUACCGUUUAAAAAAAGGGCUUAAAAUGAAUUAUAUUUUUUAUUAUGGAUGAAUUAAAUGUUUUGGAAACCUUUAAUCUUUAUAAUAACAUUCCUUUUCUGCCCAAUUAAUCUAACCCGGGUACUGCGCAGAAAGCUAGGUGAUUUGUGAUUUUGACUGCAAUCGUUAUAUACCUUGGCAAAUAUACAUCAUCUUAUCGUAUUAUGAAAAACAACAUUGAGUGUGUUUAUUUUUUACAGCAAAAUAUUUUUAUAUUUUCCAUAUAAGUUUGGCUUUGGAAAAAAAAUGUUUCGUGAUCUUAUUUAAUCAAAAUCUUAUAUUAGAAAUUACAUCAAUAAUAAAAAAAUAAUAAUAAUAAACGUUGUGUAAGGGUUCUUGAAAUUUAAUUUGCAAAAUUCGAUUUUUAUUCGAGACUGAAAACGGUCGUGUCGAUAAUCGCGAAAACGGUAAUUUUAAUGGAAAACGAAAUUAGAUGUUUGGUUUGGUUUGUAUACAAUAAAAACAAUUUUUUUUCCUCCCUGUUCUCAAUGAAAGACGACAGGCGUGUUGCCGUUUUUAGUUUUUAUAAUACUAAUAUUUCUACUAAGUUGACAAUUGUAAUUACAAAUGUUAUAAUGGAAAAUACUCUUCAUUUCAUCGAUUACCUAUAUCAAUAAAAAUUUUUAGGCAAGGUGAAACUUGUUGUAAAGAAUCAAAUAAAUUGUAAAAUGUUGGAAAUCAUAUUGUAGGUAAUUUAUAAUCUAUUCUUAGACUUAGUUAUCGGAAAAAAAGUUCAUUCUGAAAUACUACCUUAAUAUAGUAACUAUAAGAUCUAAUCUAUCAUUUAGUUAGAUUUUUCAGAUGACAAGUUUUAUCAUUACUAUAAUAUUGAAAAAAAAAUCAUCAUCAUUAAUAUGUAAUACAGAUAAAAUAAUAAUAAUAAUAUAAAAGUUAAAAUAUUAAUUACAAAGUUAUGAAGAAAAUGCAAGGCGAGAUACCAUGGUGCAUGCGUUUUCACAUUAUUUUUUUUAUAGGAAAAAAUUUGAAAGAAGCUAACAAUAAGUUUGAAGAAUACAACGUAUAAAUUAAAAGAAAGUUUUACUAAACAUAAGUAGAAAUAAAACAGAGUAUAUAUAAUAUGAGUCUGGAGGAAUAGGACAAGACGACUAAUGCUAAUAAACGGUGAUGAAAUUCAAUGAGUCUUAAAGAUAAGUUCUACAAAAAUGUGGUGAGACCAACCAUGUUGUAUGGUUCGGCGUAUUAAACGGUAGACAGUAAAACAGAACAGAGAAUGAGUGUAGCGGAAAUGAGAAUGUUUAGGCAGAGAAGUGAAGUGACAAGAGAAGAUAGAAUAAGGGAUGAGUACAUAAGAGAUAACUUAUGGCUUUAAUAGUAGACAAAAUAGAAGAAAACAGACUGAGAUGGUUUGGACAUGUCACGAGGAGAGAAAAAUCAGAAGCAGUAAGAAUUUUAAUUAAAAUAUCCAUUAGGGGAAAAGGUGAGUUUAAGACCGAAAAAUAAAUGAUUGGAUGCAAUUGACAAUGAUAUGAGGACGGUGGGUGCAUGCGAGAUUGAUGUGUGGGAUCGGGUCAAGUGAAAGUUUAGGACGAAGGUGGUCAACUCCAAAUAAUUGGAAUAAAAGCGAAAAAGAAGAAUUAUAAUAUUAAUAUGAAAGAAACGUCCUAGAAUGGGGACGAGUGCAGCCACUGAUAUAGGUAAUUUAACGUAUACCAGUAAGCAACGAUAAACCAUUGCUUAUGAAAAAACGAUUCUGAGCGGGGUUCAGUUGAUAGUGAUGCUUUUCAAAUAUAUAUAUGUUAUAUUAUAGUAAAAUAAUUAAAUAGGCUUUCUAUAUUUUCUUCAAUAAUAUUUGUUUAAUGUUAUACCGAUUUUCCAAGUUUUCCUACAUUUUCCCCUGUUUUCCCAUUUUUUUUUCUGGUUUUUCACAUUUGCCUGAAUAACUCCUAGGAAAAUCGAAAAAUAACCAUCCUUAAGAACCUCCCUAGUGAAAUUUCCUUUUAGAAACAUUGCUAUCAUUCUAAGUUGGAGAGAAAUUGUUGGUAGAAAAAUUGUGCACAGAAAAAAAGAAAGCCGUAAUAUAUUUUUACUAAUACCUACAUUCCUUACAUUUCCCCGUUUUUCUCUGUUUUUUUUUCGGUUUUUCAAAUUUGAUGAGAAAAAAAAAUCGAAAAAUUACCCAACUAAAGUACCUCCUCACACUGAUUUCCUUUCAGUUAAAGUGCACACUUAAAAAUCUGGGAAAGUCUUCUCGUAGAAAAGUCACGCACAGUUAAACAUCUUUGUAAAACCAUAAGCUUCUUCGCUCCACUCAGAAUCUAAAACAUAACGAGAAAAAACAAACAGACAUACUUCGCAUGAUGGGGGGGGGUCACUGUUGUAGGUAAGAAGUUGGGAAAGUAAAGUGGAAAUUUAAUGUAUAUUUGUGCACAAAGAUUAAUCAUUGUUAACGAAAAACGAUACUGAGUGGAGUUUGGUUAGACAUGUUUCGAAAGGCCGUAAUAUUAAAAAUAUCGAAAAUACUUUUCUUAAAUUUUCCCGUUUUUCCCUGUUUCUUCCCAUUUAUUACAAAAACUCCUAAGAAAAUCUAAAAAUGAAAGUGCUUAAUGUAUCACCCCAGGAAAAUUUUCUUUCAGAAAAGAUGCUACACUUCAAAAUAGAAGCAAAAUUUUCGAUAAAAAAGUUGUUCAAAGAUAUAAAAAAAAUAAAAUAAUAAUAAACAUCGUUGUAAAACUAAUAUAAUAUUAUAAUUCCAGUAUUUUAAUAUUUUAUUUCUUGAUUAUGAUAGUGUUCCAAAAUAGUUCAGCUAAGAAAUUUACAAAUUUAUAUUUUGUCGAUUCAGUAACCGUCUGCUAAUUGGAAUAUAUAACUGUAAACUUAAUAACUAAAAUGUUUAAAACGCCAAAACACACCAAUAAUCAUUUUUAUUAGUUUGUUCUAAUUUAAAUACGUAGGCUUUGAAAAAUUCUUAUCUAUAAAACUUUAGUUAUAAACGUAUUUUGAAUACGAUAUCGAUUUUAUUUUUUAAAACCAUCGCUAUAUUAAUUAUGUGUUGUCCAAGCCAGUCGAUCAAAACUGUAUUCUAAAAUAUAUAUAUUAUAUGCGUAAGUUCAAUGGAAACAUAACUAUACUCGAUAACCUCGCACGUGUUUAAUGCGUGCUUUUCUUCUGUUUUAUUUAUUUUGCUUAUUCUCGAGAUAAUAUAAAAAUUAUAUGUUAUUUGCUAUAGGAUAUUAAUAACGGUCAACGUGUUGAUCUAAGGAUACAAUUCUGGUGCUUGAAUCCUCGCAUAUUUUUUUAAGAUAUUGUAAUAUACCAGUUUUCAAAAAUACAUUGUUGCAGUGAUGUAAAAUCUUUUACACACAUUUUAAAUAUCGCGAAACUAUUGUGAGUUGAUAGAUGCUUUUGGAAACAAAAUUGUUAGACUGGACAUUUUUAAGAGAGAUUAUGAUGAAUAUAAGCACUUUGUGGUCACAGGACUAUAAUAUUAUAAACAUUAAACAUUCUUUGUUAUCGUAUUAUUCUAACACGUGAUUUGUAUUGAAUAUAUAUUUUUACGUUUAGUACUAUUAUUUACACUUAUUUCGGUCAAAUGAGUGGGGGAGAAUAUAUAUAUUUCAGCGAAAUUCUUAUAAUAGAAAAUUAAACCUAUAUUACCACCUUUUGUAUGCUACUUAAAUAUUAUUCAUGAGCUAUACAUUUAAGUAUUGAUAUUUAUAUUAUUUUCAAUAUAAUUUUGCAGGUACGAAGAUGUGAGCACAGUUUUGAUUCGAAACUCACAUCUAGAUCUCAUGGAUCAAGAUAUAUUAUACCACUUGGCCUUAGGGAGCGGUUCUCACGAUCUAAGAGCUAUGUUCGGUGAUGUUAAAGUAAAGUUAUAUAACAUAAAUUAUACUACCUAAGGUUUUUUUUAAAUGUAACUACCUACCUUUUAUUUAACUUGUUUUUAUAUAUUCAAGUUUGAAAUUUUUAAUACAUUAAACCAUAUUGACGUUUGAAUACAUAAUAUACCUAUGCCUAAUACCUAUGUUCAUUAAGCAGAAAAAUACCCUUGAGCAGCUAUGACGGAGUUACUGUUCCCGAAACAAAAUAGUGAAAUUCAUAUUGAAACUCAACCGAAAUUGUAUCGCUUCAAUAUGCCUACAAAAAAUCUAAUUCACAGGUUUGAGCGAAUUAGGUCUAGAGCGAGCCUCUAAGAGUGUUCAAAAGUUCCGGGAAAGAGAUUUAUCUCUUUACAGAGUAUAGCAGGACUAUUUUACAAUUUACUAACUUUGUUUAAAACGAAUACACAGUAUACUCCUUAAAUGUGGUGAAAAAUCUAAGUUUUCAAAAAUAUAGGUUUUAAUUACACUUAAAAAUUCCAAAAAUCAUAAUUUUAAUACACGCAAAAUUAAACAAAAAAAAAAUGGAGUCCUCAUUCCAUUUUUUUUAAGCGUUCUCACGCUUAGUGAAUUACCCUGUAUAUUAUAUAUAACUGACGUAAUACAGUGCAAUAAUCUCCUAUUUUGGGUGGAAAUUCAACAAUAAUUACACCGUAUACAAUGCAAAUCUAAAUUUAAUCUGUUAUUCAAAGUACUCUGGAAAAAACAAAAAUAUUUAUUUUUUAUUUUUUAAGAAUAUUAAACCUAUUUCUACAAAAAUACAUUCCUGUGUUAGUAGGUAUUAAAUAGAGUAAACAACUUAAAUAAUGUAGUAAUUUUAACUAUACUUCCGGAAAUUUAACCUAUACAUUUGAAUUUACAUCAUUUAAAAAUAUUAUAAAUUAUAAUAAUGCAGACGUGAAAUAUUAUUUUAUUUUCAAUAUUCAGUCGCGUUUUACAUUUUUUUUUUUUUUAUAUAUAUACAUUUUUUAUUUAUAUAUUUAUUUACGAGUAUUAACCAUUUUAAUAAUUUUGUUUUCACUUUAUUAUUUUAUGAAAUAUUAUUAUUAGAUUUUUGCUAAAUUAAAUUUAAACCACGCACCUACUUAGUAUUCUUUUCAUAUAGUUUGUAUGUAUGGGUGGUACACCGAAGCGUAUGGAACAAUUCGCUUAUAAACUCAUGGAAGAAAUAUCGUACAAAAUACCAACGGGCACAACAUUGCAAGACAUCAGUAGAUUUUCGUAUAGAUAUUCGAUGUAUAAAGUUGGCCCCGUUCUAUGUAUUAGCGUGAGUAUAAUAUAAUUAAUAAUUUAUGUAUUAUAUAUUAACUAGUAUAAGUAAUUUGUAUUUUUGUAAUAAUAAAUAUUAAUGAGGUGAUUAAAUACCAAUUUUUUAUUUCUUUGUCUAACGUAUACGGUAUAAUCGGCACAACAAUUUAGAUCAACUUUUCUUUCAAUCGGUUCAAAUAAUGUUGUAAAACACGAACAAAAGCUUCGAAAGAAGAUUAAAAUUCAACGUAAAGUGUAGGUAUGUAGUAGGUACAAGAUAAGAUUGGCCGCGAUACUUUUCCAAAGUCCUAUAUUUAAUAUCCAAACAUCUGAUAUGACAAUUUAUAAAAAGAUUGAUAUACUUCAUACGAUCGAUAGGCCACUGUUGUUGGUGAGAAGUUAAAGAGAUGGGAUAUAGAGGGGAUUUAAUAUAUUUUUGGUAUGCAAUGAUUAAUCAUUGGUAACGAAAAACGAUUUUGAGUGAAAUUCGAUUAUACAUGUUUUAAAAGGCCAUAAUAUUUACGAUUUUCGUUGAAAUUCAAUACAAAAAUUCGAAUAAAAAAAAAAUACUACAUUAAACUCAACUUUUAUUUGUUGACCACUAAUUACAACUUAUAAUAAAUCUCUUGUUAAAUAUUCAAUACUUCUGUUUGGUCUAACAAUUUUAUCACAAAGUACCUACCGAAUAAAUAUUAACAAAUCUAGAAAAAGCAUUAAAAUAUAGGAUUUUUAGCUUAGCUUCAAGUCUCUACGAACUUUUUGAACUGAAUUACAACAAAAAAACAAAAUUAAAAAUAAUAAAAGCGUUAUUUUCGUACACUUUCCCAUUUUUCCUACGUAUUUUCCCAAUUAUUUUGAAAACUGUUAAGAAAAUUAAAAUAUGACUUCUUUCAAGUACUAUUCCAGGAAAAUUUUAUUUCAGAAAAAGUGCUACACUUGGAAAUCAAAAUAAGUUUUCUCGUAGAAUUUUUGUUUACUGUAUAAAAAAAAAACAUCAUUAUAUAACAAAUUCAUUUCUCGUUCGCUCAGAAUCUAAAAAGUAAAUCAAUGAAUUAUUCAAAUAAUUUUUCUGAAUUACUAUAGCAUAUAUGCGCCAUAACACUAACAAAUAUUUUAGACAAACAAAGAAAAUAUCGGUAUCUUGCAAACCCUUUAUGAUAAUAAUUAUCGUAUUGUUGGCUCUUUCAUUUGACGAUAUUGAUCGUAUUUUGUAUACGCGGACAACUUUUGGUUUUCAGCAUGGAAUGGGCAUGCCAUCUGUGGGUAUUCUUUUGCACGAAAUCAUCAAACUCAUGUUUCACGCCAAAGUCGUGGAUCCCGUAUUUUUUAGGAUAGGCACCAGCGGAGGUAUCGGGCUGGAAGGCGGUACAGUUAUCAUUUCCGACGAGGCGGUAGAUGGCUCUCUUCAACCCCACUUAGAAUUAGUAGGUGAAAUUUAACUGAAAUCUUUUAUUAUAGUUAUAUUUAUGUAUACAUCAUGAGUCGUCUAUAAAUUGAUAUUGUAUUAUUUAAAACGAGUUAUUAUUUAAUACCGGGUCGUUGCGGUCAAAAACCGUGACUUAUUCAUUUAAUAACGUAUAUACUAUAUACUAUAUAGUAUAGACGGAAUAAUAAUAUUUAUUCUUAUUUGUACACAGCAAAUUCUGGGCAAGACUGUGAAAAGAAGUUCGGUGUUGGACAGAAAAUUGCAGUGGGAAUUAAAGUCGCUUGCAGAACCGGAUGACCCGUAUCCUACUGUGAUCGGCAAGACUGUAUGCACCAGUGAUUUUUAUGAAGGUACAUAAUCGUAUACAUCAUUUAGGAUUACCGAAAAUCGAUGGAUAUCGAAUAUAUUUCUAUAAUAUAUGAUUUUCGAUUCAAUGAAAUCUAGAAAUUUCCGGAUAUUUGUUAAAAAUCUGCAAAACCUCUUGCAUGUUAUGUUUAAAAAAAAUAUUGUUAUAAUAUGAGGCCGUGAACAUUUUUUUCAUUUACGUGGUUUUUCCUUCUUAUAUUUAUAUAUUCGUGAGAUUAUCACGCCUAAUAGCUUUAAAUCCGUUUUUGUGAAAUGGAGAAGAAAAUAACAAAAAUGUACACUGCUUAUAAUUUUACGUAGAUACAUAAUAAUACAGUUUUAUUAAACUGCAAUACAAGAAUAAACCAAUAGGUACCUAUACUUUUUCUAUCAAGGCCUUGUUUGAGAAUUUGUUUAUUCUCAUCUUUGGUAUAAUCAACAAAUAAUAAUGGCAUAAAUACAUUUUAAUACAUUUGUACAACAUCUAGUCAAUAAACAGUUAAUAUUUAUGGUUAGGAAUUUCUAGCAUUUGCAUAUUAUUUUUGAAAGAUUAAAAAAAUAUCAGAGUUAAACAUAAAUACUAUUCAUUAUGUAAAGAAUCUAAACCCUAAAUUUUAUUUUACUUUUUAAAGCAUAUUUUAACAGUGUUAUAUAGCUUUUAAGUGAUAUAAAAAGACAUAUACACGUAUCUUACCGUAUUGUUAACCACGUUUUUUUUUAAUAAACAUUAUUCAAAUUCAUACGCAUUGAUAUAGUAUAGUCGAAUAAAUUAUCGUAAAAUAGUUUGAUCAAUAUCUCAAAUUAUUCAUCACGAAAAGAUGUUUACAACAUUUUUUAAAUUAAUACCAUUAAUAUUGAAAAAAAAAAAAAUAAAUAUCUUAUAAAACCAAUAUAUUCUUCGUUACAAUCAGAAUCUAAAAAGACAUCCUAGGAUAAUGGGGACGGGUGCAGCCAUUGUUAUAAGUAAUUUAAUGUAUACCUGUAAGAAAUGAUAAACCGUUGCUUAAAAAAUAAUUUUGAGCGGAGUUCAGUUGAUAAUGAUGCUUUGUCAACAAUGUAAUAUGUCAUACUAGCUGUCCUGCAUGGCCUUGCCUGUACCAGUUUUUAUUAUUAUAUAUUUCUUUAUGGUUUUUACCGUGUUAGUAAUGAAUAAAAACAAAUAGGUGGAAAGUGAAUAGCCCGCCUUCGGUAAAAACAUUGGACGGUUAGGUCUAAACUCUAAACCAGCAACAUAUAAUGUUUGACCUUGUGCCUUAUUGAUGGUCAUUGAAAAACAUAGUUUCACACGAAAUUGGAGACACUUAAACUGUAAUGGUAGAUUGGUUGUUAUCAUUGGUAAGAACGUUUCCCCAGCUCCACAGACAGUAAGAGUCAUACACUCAAGCAGACAGUUUUUAAAGAUUUUAUUUGCAAUCAUGUGCCGUUAUUUAUUACCAUAGAUACCAUAGAUACGUUUUGACCAACCUUAUACAUUUUUGUCCAUAGAGUAUAUAAAGACAACAUUUAUUGUAUUAGUGCAAUGGUAUCGAGUUCAAAUUUCAGAUAUAAUUUCAAUUUUGACUAAAUAUAUGUUUUAAGUAAUAUUUACAUUUCUUAUAAUUUCUCGGUUUUUAAAGUUUUUCAAAUUUGAUGAGAAAACUCCAGAGAAAAUCGAAAAAUAACCUCCUUAAAGUACCUCCCCACACCGAUUUCUUUUCAGAAAAAGUGCUACACUUAAAAAUCUGAGCAAGUCGUCUAGUAGAAAAGUUGCGCGUAGCUAAAAAAAUAAAAAGUAAACAUCUUUGAAAAACCGUAAGCUAAUUCGCUCCACUCAAAAUCUAAAAUAAUAACAUUAAUAAGAGUCAAGUUUUUAUAUUAUACAAUUUUAAUAAAAAAAAACCUUUAAAAGCAUAAUUUAAUGCAUAUGUGGUUGUUUUUUAAAGCAUAUUUCCAUGUUUUUUAGAGUUAUAAAUCUUUAAGCCUAUUAAUAUUGUAUUUAAUACUAAACAGCAAGCGAACAGUGUAAUAAUAAUUACAUAAAUGACAGAGAUGGGGAAGUAAUUAAUAAUGAUGCUACUCAACAGUUAUUUGUAUUAUACAUUUAUUAAAAUAUAGUAAAAAGUGAUGGCUUGCAGUUGAUCUCUUUGCCGUUAAUGUUUUAGUCUCGUGUAUUGAGUUGUCAGACUGCAGAGUUAUUUACGAAAGGUGACUGAUUAUAGUGGAUAAUGAAUAAUAUUACUCUUAGGACCGCGAACAGUUUGUAUUGUAGUGUUCUUUUCAAUAGUUAUACAUAAACAUAUCCAGACCAUUUUUCAGGUUACCUAUGCAAGAAGCCUGUAUACCAUAUUAAGCCAUAUUGGGUAUUUGAGAAUAUAUACUAAUUUUGUGAUUUUUUGUAAUGGUUAUCUUUAUCAGAUUUCGUUAGGUAGAAAGGCUUAAUCACCGAUUUUCAAAUUGUCAGGAGAGCCAAAAACAAAAUUUUCAACAUAAAUUGUAUAAUAUUAAAAUAUGUUAUUUUCAAAAAUGAAAUCCUUUGCGGAUAAUAAAUUGACAAUUACUUACAUGAUAAUAUACUCGUAUAUUGUUUGUUAAUUGUAUAAUAAAAAAAUACAAAAUACAAAAAGCAUUAAAACAUUUAAAAAUAAAUAUUAUAAUAAAAAUUGAAUUUAAUAUACCUAUUAUUUAUUGAAAAUGUAUACAAAAUGAUUGUUUACAGAUAAACAUUAAAUUAUACUUAAAACAGUUGCUGUACCCGUCCCCAUUAUCCUAGGACAGCUUUUUUUGUUGCAAUUUAAUUAAAACUGUUGACAGACAUUUUAAAUUUUGACAGAAAACUUAUAUUUGUCUUUUCUACAUGGUAAAAUUUUCAAUAAUGUUUUAGUUAUUUUUGAGCUAUUUAUAGACAUUUUAAUUUUGCGAGUUUUUACGUAAUCUUUAUUUGGUAGGUAUUCUGUGGAUAAAAUUGUUAGACCAAACAGGAAUGCUUAAAAUUUUAAAUAGUUGUACUUAGUGUUCAAAAAUAUUGAAUAUAAUGUAAUAUUUUUUUUUAUAUAAGAAUUAGAAUGUAAAAUGUUGACGAAAAUCGGAAAUAUUUCGAAAUAAAUAAAACUAAACUCCACUCAGAAUCGUUUUUCGUUAGAAAUUAAUAAUCUCUGCGUCCAGAUAUACACUAAAUUAUUCUCUAUAUGUUACCUUUCAACUUUUUUCCCGUCUUUUUAACAAUAUAUAUUAACUCAUACAUUAUACAAUAUACAUGUAGGUAUGAUAUUAAUUAGUUUUUGAACGCAAAUAGUAAUAUUAUAAUAUGGUGUACCCCUAUUUUAAAUAAUACAUACUUAUACUUUUAUUUUAUUUUAUUCAUAAUGUGUUGUAUUAAAAUCAUUAUAAUCUACCAUUAAAUUAAAACAAAUUUUAAAAAGGACUGACAUACUUAGCACAGUGGAUGGGCCACUGUUGUUGGUGAAAAAUUGAGUAGGUAGGAUUUAGUGGGGAGUUUAAUUUUUAUCUUUACGCAACGAUAAACCAUUCCUAACAAAAAUGUAUUCGAGACCAGUCACCAUCGUUCAAAACUUCCACUUGAUCCGAUCUCCCAUCUCGUAUUUUCAACUAUACCCAACCACCUCUUUUUCGGUUUUUCUCUCCUCUUCUUUCCUCCUACGUUUAUUUUAAUUUAAAUUCCUUUUUCUUUAUGGCAUCCUUAAAUAAUCUCAGUCUUUUUCUGUUAUUUUGUCUACUAUUGAAGCCACACCUAACCUAUCAAUUAUAUGUAUUCGUCCUUUAUCGUGUCUGCUUUCGUCACUCUAUUCAUCCACCUAAGCAUCUAAUCUUUAUUCUAUUUGUCUGUCUACCCGUCAAACACUCCAAACAAUACAACAUAGUCACAAUACACUUUUGUAGAACUUAUAACUUUAAAUCUCAUUGGAAUUCUCUAGUCACAUAACACACUUGACACUUCUAUCCACUUUAUGCAAUCACAUUUAAUUCUAUGUUUCACAUCCUCAUGAAACCUACCGAUUCUUUGUACUGAAGAGCUUAAGCACUUAAAACUUUCAAACUAGCCUAUAACCACUUAUUGUUGUUAGCUGCCAUGCGCUUUUUCUCCAAACUCAUACUCUGUUUUACUUAUCCUUAACUUAUCCUUAGUCUGAAGCAAUAGUAUACCUAACUUGUAACGUAAUAUAAUACAGUAAAACAUAGAUAUAAUAUUUAUAUUAUUAGCUAUUAUAAUGCUUUGAUAGGCUUCAAACAAUAUAUGCAAUUGAACCCAACCCUUAACCUUUUAGUUUAUUUAUACUCAGUAUCAUAAGUAAUAAAGAAGUGUAUAAUGAAAUAUCAUUUAAUUAUUAUAAGAAAGUAUUCAAUUAGGUACCAAAUAAAAAGUGUUUGAUAAUGGUAAAUUUUAUACUUCGUCAACACAUUAAAAAAAUAUAGAAUUAUUAAUUCAACCAAAAAUUAUAAUAACGAUAACUACUAGUUUCGACCUAAGUUAUCUUCUGGUUAAGUACAUAAAUAAAAUUUAAAAAAACUUCAAUACAAUUGAAAUGUAAAAUGCGAGACAAAAAAAUACUAUAAAAAUAGCAUAAAAUAAAUAAAUUAUGAAAAUGAAUGUGUGUACAAAUAGCAUAGAUGUAGUGUAGAAUGCAGUGUAUAAUAAACUUAAGCGAUUAGUUCAAUAAUAUAUUUCAGUAAAAGUAAACAAUAGUCUUGCAAUAUUAUUAUCUACAAUUAUUAUUUGUAUUUAAACGAGUUAUUCUACCUAAUUAUCAUAUCAUUAACAUUUUAGACAGUACUAUACAAUAAUAUACUUAUAGUAAUAUUAUAAGUAAAUAUAACACUACAUUAUAGGACAAUUACCAAUAUUCGCUUUCGUCAAAUUUAUUUCUCUCGAAUAUGGUCUUAUUUUUAUUGAAUGACUCAUAAGGAGUUUUCAUCGGACGUUCCUUAUUAUUAGAUAAUGCCAAAAGAAAAAAUAUUAUAUUUGUAUAAGCUCACCAACUUUAAUAUGAUUUACAACUUAACAAAAUUGACAAAAACAUGAAAAUAUAGUAAUAACAACGAUAAUUUAUUACCUAACAUUAUAGGUCAUUUUAUCGUUCGAUCGAUAGGGGUAGUUAAACGGACCGUUUAUUAUUAAAACUAUACUCGAUAUAUUGUACAUGAAAUCGUAAAAUUUUUUUGUGUAAUAUUGUUGAACUUUAUUUAUUAUAGUGGGCCUUAAAAAAAAAAAAACAACAACAAACGAAAAUUAAUUAAAUGAUAUAUCUUUAUGUAUGUAUAUAUGCAUAGGUCAAGGCCGUAUGGACGGGGCAUUUUGCGACUUCACGGAGGAAGAAAAAAUGGAAUAUUUGGAAAAACUAAAAUCGAGUGGCGUAAGGAACAUCGAAAUGGAAUCAUUGGCUUUUGCCGCGCUCACACACCACGCGGGAAUUAAAGCAGCAGUGGUUUGCGUCACUCUGCUUGAUAGACUCAAAGGCGAUCAGGUAUACCUAACCAACCCUAAAAAAAUGAAGAUAAUAAUAACAAUAAUAGUUUUAAAAAAUGUAAUAUUUACAUUUGUCGAGCAUAUUUUAUUUUAGAUCAUAGAUCGUCACUGUCCGUAGUGAUGAAGAGUUGCUCUCACUUAACCCAACUCGUGUGUAUAAUUUUCGGAUCGGUUAUCACCGAUGAAAUUAUCUAAUUUUUCAAUUAUUAAUUCUAAACACGUUACACAAUAAUACAUUAUAUAAUAUUUUCUAAGUAUUGAAAUUCCUUGAUGAACAAGUAUUGUUCUCGUGAACAUGAACCCGUAUUGUGUAUUAUAGUGUCUAAUGUCAAGUACGCUAUACGCAAAUCGUUAUUCGUCAUUAUUUAAUAUCAAUAUAAAUGUUUGUAUUUAUGCGUGUACGUAUGUAUGUCUCUCUGUGUACGCGUGUGUGUGGUGGAUGGAGGGGUGUUAGAAAAAUUAAAAUUAAAAAAGUAUAGUAAAAGUAAAAAAGUAAACUUCGCCAAUUACGUCACUGUGUUGCGCCGGAUAGCAAAGGUAUCGGCCCACCGAGUUUUAAGAUUUUAACCGGCCCUAAAAGGUUAAUGGGCCAUUUCAUUUUUAACCACACACAAAUAUUUUUAUAACCAUACUGUUAAAUUUUUAUUUAUUUGUAUAUGUGUCUGUGAGUUACUUCUCUUCUACAUCUUUUUGAAUAUAAAAACGAUUCUAAGCGAAGUUUGGUUAUAUACAAUUUGAAAAGCCAAAAUUUUAGUUUAAAACGAUUAUAAAAAAAAUACUACUGCAUAACACUCAACUUUUUUUUUACUAUUAAAACCAACUUAUAAUGAAUCUCGUGUUAAAUGUUCAAGCAUUUCUUUUUGGGUAAACAAUUAUAUCCAUAUAAAAACUACAUAAAAAAAACUCCUAAAUAUACGUAUAAGGCUUGUAAAUAGUUCAAAAACGGUCAACAUUUUUUUACGUCCAGAAAAGCAAAUAUAAGUUUUUAUCAAAAUUUCAAGUCUUCACGAAUAUUUUUAAUUGAAUUAUAAGAAAUUUAAAAUAAUGAAAUCAUUAUAUUUCUUUAAAUUUCCCCGUUCUUUCUGCUUUUCUUCCCUAUAUUGCCCAAUUAUUAAGAAAACUACACGGAAAAUCAAAAAACGACUUCUUAUUCACCGAUUAGAUGUAUUUGCCAUUUUUCUAUUGGAGCAAUAUUGUAUUAGUAUACAAAUUUAAAAUAAUGAAAUAUUACUCCGUACAUUUUUUUUUUGUAUUUUUCCGGUUUUUUCUAAUUAUUAUGAAAACCGUUUGGAAAAUUAAAAAAAUGGUCAAUUUUUCAUCGAUUAAAUUCAAAAUAUAACAAAAAAAUCUCUUAACAUUUCCCGAUUGAAACAAGGUUUCUAUUCAAAAAGUUAUAAACCGUGAAUUGUUGGCUGUGUUCAUAUUUUAUUGUUCAAAGUUAUAAUAUAUUACUCUAAUAUUUUCGAUCAUAUAUUACUAAGCCAGCCCAAAUUGUAUGCGGCCCACCGAAUUUAACUCGAUAACUCGCCAGCCUAUCCGGGCCUGUCUCUAUAGCCACUAUAUGACAAUGUAAUAGUACCUACAAUCUAUAUAGGUACUUAUAUUAUAAUAGUAUGAAAAAAACAACGAAUUAUCUCUGUUUACAGAUCCACUAUCCCAAAGAGGUAUUGGAUGAAUGGCAGCAGAGACCCCAGAAAUUAGUAUGCCGUUACAUAAAAAAAUACCUGUCGAAAAGAGGACUGAUAUUGAACAAUAAUCAUUGCGGGUCGAUCAGCGUCAAAAGCCCACGAAGGUUCAAACUGGUCCAACAGGAAUCCGAGAGUUACGAUUAAACCGCAGCAAUAAAUAGGGGAGGGGAGAAAUAACAUCAUAAUAUUAUUACAUACGAUUUUCGAUGGCACCGCCACAACGCUACAAAAUAUACCUACAAAAAAAAAAUUCUAUAACGAUACAACAAUAAUAUUAUUAUAGUAUUUAUAGACAUUUAUACUAUAAUAUCAAUAUAAUUAACGAACCCACUACCGUGUUUAUAAACGCUACUUUAUUCCAAUUAUUUCUUUUUAAUACUUUGUUCAUAUUAUACUUAUACUUAUUCUAUAUAUCAUAUGAUAAUUUUCUUAAUCUAUAAUCUAUAAUAAUAUCUAUUAUCUUUAUAAUAUUAGUAUUCUACGUACUCUUGAAACACUUUUAAACAAAGGUUUUAUUUCAUAUUAAGUAGUAAUAUUAUAUAACUAUCUUAAACCUUAUACAUAGGUAUAUCUAGUUUAAUAAAAAUAAUAUACGUUAGAGUAAAAUUAGACAACUACGUUACUAUUAUAUCCAGCGUUUAGGUAUACAUUUUUUUUUUUUAUUAUUAUUAUUUACUACUGCAUAAAAUAAUAAUACUCAUGUUAAAAUAUCAUUAAGUAAAGAUAAAUUAUUAUCUAUAAUCAAUUAAAACAACGAAUAACGAUACAAGCGGUUAUACAGUACCCACCAAUAGCAGGGCAAGUAAACCACUUAUUUUUUUUCUAGUUUAAUUUUAGUUAAGCUACUCAUUGAAUUAAAAGUUAUCAAAAAAAGUAACUUUUAACUUUUAAACUAAUUACUACCCAGCUUUUCAAAAAUAAAAAAUAUCAAUAAUUAUUAGAUAGAUACGAACUUAAUUAACAUUUUUCGAAUGAUGUUCACCAUAUUAUUAAAAUAUUUUGUGAAGCUACAUUCUUUCGUAUUUGAUAAUAAGAAUAUUAUUGCUCAACAAUUUGUUACACAUAUUGUUCCGAACACUAGUAUAGAUAUAAAUUCGUAGGUUAUAUGCUACAGUAAAACCCCAAAAAGACUACUCUGAUUUUAGUAUCUUUUCAAACCUCGAAUUUGACCUUCUUUAUAAAUAAAAAAAAAUGUUUGGUUAACAUUAUUUCAUUUUAAAUAUUCACACAAUUUUACCAAAAUUAUUUAAUUCUUAAACAUUUUUUUGUAAGUAUUCAACUCUAGUUAAGAAAAAUAUUCCAUAAUUCGAUUAUGUAUUAAAAUACAGUGAGCUGAUUCACCUUUUAAAUUUUCUGAGGGUUCUACUCCCAAACUUACAUUAACUAAAGAGAAAGAGUCAUAUCAGAAGUGCAUAUGAAUAAAUCUAUAAUUAUUAAUUUUUGCGUGUUUAUGGUGUGUCACAGGGUAAAAUUUAAUUUUAAAUUGAAAGAACGGGAAACAAAAAAUAAAUUAGGAUUUAAUUUGAAAAUGCAUUUUAAGAAAACAUUCGUUACUGCUGAUUUGCUUUAAAAUGUAUUUUUACCCUGCGAGCUAUAUUUAGUAAAGUAAAGUAGGUACAUAUUUAAAUUCUUCUACUACUCUUUCUCGAUAGUUGUAGAAUUUAACCGUUAGGAUGGACAAAUUAUUGGCUGAAUUAUUAUAGAAUACAAAUUAUAUUUCACUGGUGUAGAAGAGGAUGCAAAUGGAUCGCACUUCAAAUUGUUUUUUUUUCUUACAUUUUUUUUUACACAAGACAAAUGCUUCAAUUUUUUCACGCAGUAUCUCAACAAAUGCAGAAUUUCUGUCUGGUAAUACUGUAUUUGAAAUAUGUGUCAAUAUUUUCAGCAGUUCAUCUCCAGUUCAUCAUCAAAGUUAAAACACUUAGUCAACAUAUUGUUUACUUGGCAAGAUGUGUAAGUAAACACAAAUAAAUAAUCACCACAAUAAAUUUCGUAAAUAAAUUAAUAAUUUAUAAAUAUAUAAAAAAUAAAUGAAUGAAUGCAUCGUUUGGAGUAUUAUGAUUACAGUCAAAAUGUAAUGUGAUAUACCCGAUGAUAAAUUUUUAAUUUGAAACCGGUCAUAUAAUACACUUAUCAUAAUACUCCAGACAACGCAUUCAUUCAAUUAUUCAUUUUUUUAUUUCUACAUAUACAUUUUGUACUUAUAUAUUUAUUUAAGAGUAUUAACCAUUUUAACAAUUUUGUUUUUACUUUAUUAUUUUAUUAAUAAUUUAUAAACAAUGGUUAACAAUUUAUAGACCAAAAAUGUAUUAAAAAAAGUCACUGUGUUAUUUGACUUUGUUAAACCUGAAGAUGAAUUUUGAAUUCGAAACCGGUUGUUAAAUAUAAGUCUAACAGUUCAAACUAAGAAAUGUUAACAGUGUUAAUAUUUACUUAAAUGUCUUAACAAGUAAACAAUAAUAUGUUGACCUGGUGUUUAACUUUACAAUUAAUCUUAUUUGUCGUUAAAAGUAUUUGUAAUAUUACAAAAUGUAAUUUUACUUAAUUUCCACAUUAUAUUGCAUCGUUUAAAGGUUUAAUCAUUAUUAAAUGUAAUGUCACUAGGUGCAUGAUUUUAUUUUCAAGUUGGGUUUUUUGUACACGGAGUUAUAACGAAAUGUUUUUGGUGUAUUCUAUACCUUUUCAACUAUUCACUUGCGACAGUGUGCUACCCGUGGACCAUGAGCAGUCACAACAUUUUGAAAUUCAUAAUCCUCUUCAAAAAUAGUUGUACCUUUGAUUCUCGAUACUUAGAAAUAAAACGAUUCAGUAACGACUUCUUCAGUCGACAUAAGUUUAGAAAUAGAAGUCUCGGAUAAUCUAAAAAGUGUAUCAGGUUACUGUAUUUUAAUAAAUUAUCAAAAUGUAGAAUAUAUUCCCUUAACUAAAGAAGAAUACUUUAUAAUAAUAUUUAAUAAUCGUAUAACUUUAAAAAUAUAGAAUUAAAUUAGAAAAAUAAGAAAACUUGAACAAUAUUAAUGAAAAAUCAUAUAAUUUUUAUAAAAUAUGUUUUUUGUAUAUUAAAAUAAAAAAAAAACUAUAACUAACUAAUUUAUAAAGAAGCAAAAUUCGAAGUUUGAAAAAAGGCUAAAAUUACAUUGGUUUCCCGGGGUUUUACUCGGGCAUAGAAUAUAUGGAAAAUCUGUACUACCUAUUGAUAACAAUAUAAUAUAAUAAUAGUAAAAACAAAAACAAAUCAUAUUAUGCCUUUAUACAUUUAAAAUAUUCUAUAGCAAAUUU